AUGAGUAUUAACCAAACGAUAGCAUUAUGCGAAUCUCUUGAUAUAUAUUAUAUAGAUAAUAAACUUUCUUUUAGUUCUUAUGAUGUUAUUAAUGAAAAAAAUGAUCUACCUUUGAAACAUUUAAAAAACCCCAAUCAUAAAAUUAUUAAAUCAAAAUAUAAGGAUUUAUUUAUUAAAGAACAUUCCUGUCAUCAUAUAAAAACAAAAUACAUUUCACAUCAUAGUUGCAUGUAUGCCAUAUGUGAAAAAAAAAAUGAAGAUUAUAUGUUGUGUUCUGAUGCUAAUUAUAGUGGAAAAUUAAUAUUUUUGCAUGACUGGAAUCCAAUAAAUAGAAAAUUUAUAUAUCUUCCAGAAAGUUGCUUAAAAAUAGAUUCUAAUUUCGUAUGUAAUACAUAUUUUUGCGAAAUCAAUGCUAAAGAUGAAUUUUUUCCAUGUGAAUAUAAAGAAAUUAGUUUUUUUUUUUUUUUUUUUUUUUUCUUCAUUUCUUCUCUUAAUUCUUCUUCAACAUCAUAA